AUGAAAAUAUUAUUAAUAGAAUGGUCCACAUGUCUGUGUUUUAUCGUCCUUCUGUCCCAAUACAAAGUACUUAGUACCAUAGAUGUUAACUUGAGCGAACUGGAAUAUUUAGCUGCACGUCUGAAUCCAUUCGAGUGUCGACGCCUGAUUGCUGCUCUUCAUUACACGAGUUACGAAUUGCCGAAGAGUUUAGCAGCAGCUGAACGUGACGUAGACGAUGAGAUCCCCUGCAUUAGACACCUGAUCCAUUGGAACGGUUCUCCAGGCGAUGGCAGAGGUAAAACUCAUGAAGCCCUGGCGCAUAGGCUGCGUCAAAUAAAUCGGAACGAGCUGGCGGACUGGUUGGGAAAAUCUGCAUUUACACAAUUAGGAAAGGAUCUUGGUAGAGCAGUGGUGAAAGCCUUCGACACAAUUAGUAAAGAGGAAACGGAACCUUCGUGAGUAAAUAUUAAGGUGGAGUCCCACUGUUGUAAUGUGUUUGUUCGCUGGUAAAUUAGGCCGGAUUCUAUUAAAAAAAAAACGUUCUCCUAGCGUCGCUGAUACGAGGACGGACGUUUGAACCACUCGAAAGGGUCGAUUUUUACGAGCGUUUAGGUCUCGGACCAUGGUCUAGGCUCGCGAACACGGAGACUAUUCCACGCGAACCUGAAUCGAACGCUCAAAAAAAUCGACUCUUUCGAGUGGUUCGAAGCGAGACCCCCAAUAAUACUUCUUUUCACCGAGACCGUAGGCGCCCAGUCGCCUAUCUGGGUUCGCUCAAGGGCCUGGGGUCAAACGGGCGAUCGACUCAUCAGUUUUUGAUAAAAUCGAAUUCUUUAUUCUUCAUCGUAUCAACGUGAACGCGAUGCCAUUGGAUUCUUGGUGUUCUCCCGAUUAAAAUGAUAUCUCACGUCGUGUAAAUCGAACUAUUUUUAACGAAAUAACUUUUCAAUUAUGCAAUCAGAUUUUGCAUAUAAUUUCGUUAAAAAUAGUCCGAUUUACGCGAUGUGAGAUAUCAUUUUGAUCGUAGAAGCAUCAGGAAUCAAUUGAAGUUACUUCCGCAAAGUUCCGAUAAAAAUGGUCGACGUUGGUAUUUUCAAUUCUUCAUUACAUCCCCUUGUCGACCGCCCGUUGCGAUGAUGGUGCGUGGACGUUUUCAGGAUUCCGUGCUCGUUUAGGUGUUCGCGGCUCGUUGUGCUAGCUCGCUUGAGUCCAUCAGACCCUUCUGCGCGAGGAGU